AGCCGCAUCUGACACAGAAUGGGUACAUCCGUUUGGGAAGAGAAGGGUGAAGGCUCCCGAUCCUCCAACUUUUGCAAGGCAAUCCUAUACAUUGCCGUGAGCAUAGCCAAGAUAUUGUUUCAGUUCUACUCCUUCUUCCACGUGACCACUCUGGUGGGAGUACUCAUUUUGCUCAGUGGAUUCGGAGGACUCAUCUUUCGACUGAUUGAGUCCCCUCCAGAGGAUAUUGUUAUACAACAAAUCAUACACAGAAGAAACCAGAUUCUGAACCAAAUACUCUCAACACCCCUUGGUCCAGACAAGCCCCAGGCUAUUGAGAUCAUGCUGCAGAACUACGAGAGACACUUCAUCAGCGCCAUCAGCAACGGCACUGUUAUCGUCAAUGGCCACAGUGAGCAAAUGUGGACGUUCACAGGGUCGGUAUACUUCUGUAUUACGACCUUCACGCUUCUCGGUUACGGCAACCUGGCACCCAAAACUAACUUGGGCCGCAUUAUCACGAUCAUCUAUGCCGGGAUCAGUGUCCCUCUGUCCUCCGUCGUCCUGGAAGAGCUGGGCGGCAAAGUCCUCUCCGUCUUGCUCUAUAUAUGGAGAAGUUCCAUACAGAUCUGUCUCACAUCGAAGAACAUCAUCAGAGGUAACAAGGGGAACAGCUCAAAGAACAACCCCAACAAACCAGCGCUCUUCUGUUUUCCCCGCACUCGCAGAGAUCGUCUGUUUAUUUGUGAGAGUAAGCAGCAAACGAUGAAAACGUCCACAAAUUUUCACCAGACCGGUGAAGGUGGAUGUUCAUUAGCAGACCACAACGAUGCUGGUCGGUUUCUGGAACAUUGUGGUGGGAUUUCUCGACACACCACAGAGCAGGGUGGAUGUGUCUCCGUUCUUCGUAACUCUUUUUCGUUUGACCGUGUCAAACAGGGUCAAUGUGAGGUCAUGUUUCAGUCUGCUGAGGCUACCAGACAUCGCGGUUCUCCAAUGUUGAAAGAUGCGGUGCAGUUGAAGGAAGCAAGGGAGAAACGAGAGGGAAGAAACUGUGUCCCUGUCAUCAACGGACAUCACAAUUCAGAGAGCUAUGGUUGCGAAUCAAGUGUUUGCUUACAGAGUUACACUGGGGCAGGACCUGAGUUCGCCAUUCAUAAGCACUUAACAACGAAUUUCGAAAAGUACUUGGAAGCUUCCAUAAAACCAGGCAGUCAAGAAUAUCAAAAAGAAAUAAAAGAUUGUACAAGUGAUGAUCUGUACCCAACCAGCAAAUCAGCUUCCAUCUCUCUCAUCUCGAAAUUCCGAGGUGACCCUAGAAGCGGAUACCCUAUUUACGAAACAAAUACUAGCAACGUCAAUAGAAUGCGACUGAGAAAAACGGACUUUGGCGAAAAAUGUAUUAGGAAUUUCAGAAAACAGACUAACAUCACUGGAAGUCCCCAUCGCAGUUGUAGAACGGGAAUUUCCAAUUUCGUCUUUGGUUGUUUCACGGCAAGUCCCCUGCGUUACUUCGUGAUUGGGAAUGCCCUUUGGAGAGGCCUGAGUAAAAUAAACGGAAAGAAACAAAGGAGAAGACAGAAAAGAGAAUCAACAUUAUGCGUUUACAACAAAAACAACUGCGCAGUGGACUUCGAAGACAUGGAAGAAGAGGAAGAUUCAGAACUAGGAGACGAGGAAGAGGAGGAUGGCGACGACAUCCCUGCUUUGUUGAACUUUAUAAUUCUGUUCCUGUACAUAACAGCGGGUUGUGUAGUGGUGACCAGGUUUGUCCCCUCCAUGGGAUAUCUUGACAGCUUUUGGUUCAUUUUCAUUUCCUUGGCGACCAUCGGCUACGGGGACGUUGUACCACCUAAUCAAAAGCUGUUUGUUUGCUUCAUCCCCUACUUCUUUGUUGGGCUAUGCCUCACGUCAAACGUCAUCAACAGCCUUAUUAGUUAUUUCAACGAGGUUGUGGAAAACUUCAAAGACAUUGCGCAUGCAGUACAAGACAUCUUUGAGGUCAAGAGGAAGAUCCACAAAAUCCGCAAGAAACAGGUAAAAGCCAAGAAGAACUGGCAGAUUUUGAGAAACCAUGUUAUGGACGGGACCAUUCCGGACUCUCUGAUUGAAGAGUCAAGGAGGUACCAAGCGGGAAUUAUGGCCAAAGAAAAAGAGUUCGUGCGUCGUGCCUACAGGCUCUACUUCUACGAGGUGUUUAAGGAAAGAUCUAGGAUUGAGAUCAGCAGAAAAAUGAGACAAUUUCAGAGUAUUACAAAUGCUGAGGAACCUCAAGAUUUGUUCACUACCCCUAGCGUGAUGCGUAUUUUUAAAGGACCAGGUGAGAAGAGUGAGAUACGGCUGGAAGUCAGGCGGCUCAACAGGUGGCAGCGAGUCAAGGGCUUCUUCAAACGCGGGUACCACCAUGCACGUCACACUGUGUCCAAGAAAAUGAAAGCCAGAGAGAACGAAAAGAAAAGCAAUCGACGAGAGCCUAGGAAGGGCGGGUUCCACUUUGGUUAAGGCCAAGGUGUAAGGUCCUUGGUUGAGACUCGAAGACGUCUUUGUGUCACGAGCUGAGACCGUACGUUCUUUGCCACGCUAUAACUAAAAGAUGAAGGUUUUCGUUAUAAUAGAUAUAAUUAUGAUAGAUAACAUAUUUUGCAUAGCUCUAAUUCCCGCUCAACAGCAAGCUCUAUGCGCUUAACGACCUGUAUUAUUACCCAAGCAGACCUGAUAGUUUUCUGACACAAAUAUCAAAUUUCUGCGAAGCAUACACUGCAAGCUGCGAUUUUAAGGGCUCUAAAACUCAUCAGAUUCUUGCUUCUGUGUCGUGAGAGCUGAAUAUUAAAAAGAUGUUGGUUGAAACUGAAUAUUCAAAUGCUGUGGCAGGUUUAGACACUUCUGAGUUUGAGCGAUUAAAAGCACAUGCAACGUAUAUUUCCUCUGAAUAAUUAAGGACACUUUUCUGAGUACAUUUUUUGUUUAUGCCACGUUAGCCUGUCUAAACCAUUUGACUUUUUGCAUGAUUCCAGCUGGCUUAUUUUGGCUUGUUUUGUGAAAAUUAAUAGAAUAUUUUCACUUUUCUCUGACAUUUUGUCUGCUUUUUUCCCGAUAACUAAACAGGGGGAUUUUUUCGGGGGGUGGAGGAUAUGUCUGGGCAAGUAUGUUUUUCUACCCAUUUAUUCGUUUCUAUCA